CGGGCGAUUUCCCCGGCCCGCCCCCCUGGUUUCUUGAAAGCUAAAGCGUGGCAGGGGCCGGGCCGGGGAAGCGGAGGAGGCGGGUCUCCAUAGAAACCUCCACCUGUUUCCGGCCAGGCUGUGCGCGAUUAGGGGCUGUUACCGGGGCCAAUCUCAGCCAGCUCGCCUUUUCCCGGCGGCCUCUGCGGGAGCGGUGGGUGUUGUACACAAUCAUCAUGGCGGCGGCCGGAGCCCCGGAUGGCAUGGAGGAACCUGGCAUGGACACGGAGGCCGAGACCGUGGCGACCGAGGGGCCCGCGCGGCCCCUCAACUGCUUGGAGGCCGAAGCCGCGGCGGGGGCGGCGGCCGAGGACUCCUGCGCCGCGCGAGGCAGUCUGCAGCCUGCCCCGGCCCAGCCCCCUGGGGACCUCGCGGCCCAGGCCUCGGUCAGCAACGGCGAGGACGCGGGCGGCGGCGCGGGCAGGGAGCUGGUGGACCUGAAGAUCAUCUGGAACAAGACUAAGCACGACGUGAAGUUUCCCCUGGAUAGCACAGGCUCCGAGCUAAAACAGAAGAUUCACUCGAUUACAGGUCUCCCGCCUGCCAUGCAGAAAGUCAUGUAUAAGGGACUUGUCCCUGAGGAUAAGACGUUGAGAGAAAUAAAAGUCACCAGUGGAGCCAAGAUCAUGGUGGUUGGCUCCACGAUAAAUGAUGUUUUAGCAGUAAACACACCCAAAGAUGCUGCCCAGCAGGACGCAAAGGCCGAAGAGAACAAGAAGGAGCCUCUCUGCAGGCAGAAACAACACAGGAAAGUGUUGGAUAAAGGAAAACCUGAAGAUGUGAUGCCAUCUGUUAAGGGUGCCCAGGAGCGCCUGCCAUCUGUACCCUUAUCUGGCAUGUACAAUAAGUCCGGGGGAAAAGUGAGACUUACCUUUAAGCUAGAACAAGACCAGCUGUGGAUCGGCACUAAAGAAGCAAAAGAUCUAGCCAUUCUGGACCUGCAUUUUCACAUGGCAACGAUCAGCCGGAGCCGAGCAGUGGUUUCAGAUUCCUGGAGGGAACCGAACAUGCCUAACUCACCUGUUUCUGGCCAGCACUGUAGGUAUUCAGUGUUCGAGGUAAAUGGUAAAGAGAAGUAUAGGGGAUCUCAUCGUCUGAGGUUACUUGGUUUCAGGGACAGGCCAUUUAGUAUGAUUCUGCUUAAAACGGGACCAAAGUUUUUUGGAAAAUAAUUGGAGUAGGGGUGAUGGGGAGUGAGAUUUUAAUCAUGUGAAAUAUGAAAAUGUUUCUUGUUUUCAACCCUAUCCUGAUUCUUAAAAUGAACAAAGACUGAAAUGGCCAGAAUGCUUGAGUUUUCUAACAAGUUUAUGAUUCCUUGCUGUAGUCUUCAUUUCACUUUCGACUCUAACUGCAUGGGCAUAGCAAGUUGUGCAUAAUAUUUAAGGGCUUUCCCAGUAUUCCCAGGGGCCUUUGAACCCUUUAGCAGGUCAUUCUCUUCUGCAGAGCCUGUCACAUCAUCAGUUUUUUAAAAUUGUGAGCUGCCCUGCCUCUGUCAGGUCGUCACUUAUUCAAGACCUUGCAGGUGAUUUUGCUUAGUUCUCCACCAUUGCAUUGACUUGCUGAGAGCCUGCCUCUUUCUAGGCUUGCACUUUCACUCGGGCAGCCUAAUGGGAGGCAGGGGCUAAGGAUGCUGGCCCAGAGGGUGGGUGCAGGCAGGGGAGCUAGACAAGGACUAAGCGUGUAAGUGUUCGUUGGUUCCUCAGGGAGUGUUUCCAGGUUAUGAAGUUGUAUAGGAAACAACAUCGUAACUGCAGGGGCUAAAGAGAACCUCCCACACGUGAGUUAGAGGUUUUAUUUCAGCUUGUAGGAGCAGCUGCCUUUCUGCUUUGGCACAAAGGGAGAGCUCUAGAAGAAUCUUGAUGUAUCAGGGCUUCAGAGCUGUUGAGAGCCGCAUUACUCACUAGCCUUGUUAAAGAGCCUGGCCGUGAAAAUUCACGUCUUCAAGGGUUGACCAAGGCCAGGCUUUCCAUUCCCACCCAGACUGCUGUGUCAGUGUACCUCAGGCUUUCUUCUCACUUGGGAGCCCAGGAGUCCUGUCACCUGAGUGUCCUCAGCACUGUCCGAGGAGGACAGCUUGUUCUGGAGUUGGCUGCCAGCCACUGGCUUCAUCUUUCUGCUGACGUGACCAUCCCAGCUGCUAGUUGGCCUCUUUCUCGAUGGGAUGCUUUACCGAGUGGCACUCAAGGGCUCCUGCGGUAGUGUGUGUAGAAGGCAGUACUGACAGCCUCAGGCCCAGUGGAGGGAGAAGAAUGAGCUUCAGGCAGGAACUGGGACCUGUGACCACAUGGAGCCGCCUCGGGGGAGCAUGUGCCCUGCUUGUAGGGAACUUGAGUCUCUAAUCUAGCUGAUUGCUGUCACUCAGGAAUGUGGGCCCAGGAUUGUUGAAUCUUCUGUGUUUUCAAGAGAAGCCAGAAGUCCAUAUUUUUGUGUGAAAUCUCUGGACAAUUCAAAAUGGCUGGUGUUUUUAAAAGUUUCCAUCUUAAAGAUAAGUGCUGGUCAGGUCCUACCUGUGGGUCACUGUUUUAGAGCCACUGAAAGUCAAAAUCUGAAUGAACAUCUUCAGGUCCCAUC